GCGCGCGGGCGGGAUCCCUGAUGGGCGUCGGUCCCGACCUUCUGCAGCUCCCAGCUUCUCUGCCUUCCUGUUGCCCACUGCCACCGCCACCCCCACCCCCACUCCCACUCCCACUCCGGGGCUGCACCUCGAUUCUGGGUUUGGCUCCAUUUGCAGCCGGGGCGCCGCCUCCCGGAGCAGCAGCUCGCCUGCCGGUCCGCACACCCCCUCAACUACCAUGUCUGCAGCCUGGAUCCCAGUUUUCUGCCUCGGUGUCUCGCUGCUGCUACUGCCGGAUCCCACGGGCAGCGAGGGAGCCGUUCCUAUUCCUAUCACAUGCUUUACCAGAGGUUUGGACAUCAGGAAAGAGAAAGCAGAUGUCCUCUGCCCAGGGGGCUGCCCUCUUGAGGAAUUCUCUGUGUUCGGGAACAUAGUUUAUGCUUCAGUAUCCAGCAUAUGUGGUGCCGCUAUCCAUAGAGGAGUAAUCAGCAUCUCAGGGGGACCUGUACGAAUGUAUAGCCUACCUGGUCGAGAAAACUAUUCCUCAGUGGAUGCCAAUGGGAUCCGGUCUCAAGCGCUUUCCAGAUGGUCUGCUUCUUUCACAGUAACUAAAGGCAAAACUAGUACCCAAGAAGCCACGGGACAGGCAGCGUCCACAGCACGUCCACCAACAGGCAAACAACUAAAGAAAACACCUGAGAAGAAAACUGGCAAUAAAGACUGUAAAGCAGACAUUGCAUUUCUAAUUGAUGGAAGCUUUAAUAUUGGGCAGCGCCGCUUUAAUUUGCAGAAGAAUUUUGUUGGGAAGGUGGCAUUAAUGUUGGGAAUUGGAAUGGAAGGACCUCACGUGGGCCUUGUUCAAGCCAGUGAACAUCCCAAAAUAGAGUUUUACCUGAAAAAUUUUACAUCAGCCAAAGAUGUUUUGUUUGCCGUGAAGGAAGUAGGUUUCAGAGGGGGUAAUUCCAAUACAGGAAAAGCAUUGAAGCAUACUGCCCAGAAAUUCUUCACAGCAGACACUGGAAUGAGGAAAGGGAUCCCCAAAGUGGUAGUGGUGUUUAUUGAUGGCUGGCCUUCUGAUGACAUUGAAGAAGCAGGAAUUGUGGCCAGAGAGUUUGGAGUCAAUGUAUUCAUAGUUUCUGUGGCCAAGCCUAUCCCUGAAGAACUGGGGAUGGUUCAGGAUGUUGCAUUUGCUGACAAGGCUGUCUGUCGGAAUAAUGGCUUCUUCUCUUACCACAUGCCCAACUGGUUUGGCACCACAAAAUAUGUAAAACCUCUGGUACAGAAGCUCUGCUCUCAUGAGCAAAUGAUGUGCAGCAAGACCUGUUAUAACUCGGUGAACAUUGCAUUCCUAAUUGAUGGCUCCAGCAGUGUUGGGGAUAGUAAUUUCCGCCUCGUGCUUGAAUUUGUUUCCAACAUAGCGAAGACUUUUGAAAUCUCAGAUAUUGGUGCCAAGAUAGCUGCUGUGCAGUUCACUUAUGAUCAGCGUACAGAGUUCAGUUUCACCGACUAUAGCACCAAAGAGAAUGUCCUAGCUGUUAUCAGGAGCAUCCGCUAUAUGAGUGGAGGAACAGCUACUGGUGAUGCCAUUUCCUUUACCGUUAGAAAUGUGUUUGGUCCCGUGAGGGAUAGUCCCAACAAGAACUUCCUGGUGAUCGUCACUGACGGGCAGUCCUAUGAUGAUGUCGGAGGCCCUGCUGCUGAAGCACAUGAUGCAGGUAUCACCAUUUUCUCUGUUGGUGUGGCUUGGGCACCUCUGGAUGACCUGAAAGAUAUGGCCUCUAAACCAAAGGAGUCACAUGCGUUCUUCACGAGAGAGUUCACAGGCUUAGAACCAAUUGUCUCUGAUAUCAUUAGAGGCAUUUGUAGAGAUUUCUUAGAAUCCCAACAAUAAUGGUGGUAUUUUGAUAACUGAACAAAAAAGUGCAAGAUCUAAUGUAUGAAUUGUAUUCUUAUGAUACUGAAAUACUAUAGCAUACUAGGAUCAGAUACAUUAAAGAUGUCAACAGCUAUUUUAAGCAAAUAAGCCUUCAUUUAAAGUUAUUACCUUCUAAUUACAACUUAGACUUUUAAGACUUGACUGAGGCUUUAUAGUCAUGGCCCUUAGAAACUCAGGAAAGAGGAAGAGAAGAUAUCAUGGAUUAAAAUCUUAAAGUUCUAAUGUACCUAUAAAAUGUAUAGAUAUGCAAGUGCCAUAGCUCAAUAAAAAAAUCUGAUACUUAGACCAAAAGCAACAUUCUUUCUCUGUUAUUCUAUUGAUUAUAUAAGGAAAAUGAGCAAGGUUCAAGUAUCAACAGUGUGACCCAAGUGAAUGUUUUCUUAAAAACCAAUCGAUAGCUGUUACUUCACAUACUAAAGAACUGUAAUUGUGGGCUAUAUAGAAAGGAAAUGAGUAUCAAUCUUUGUGUAUUUUCAUAACUUACAAAUGAAAAUAUACAAAAGAGGAUUGCCAGGUAUUUUUCUAUAUCUUUAAUUUUAUAUGUGUAUAGAUCGGCUUGUACCCUAUAAAAGUAAUGAUCCAAGGACUGAGAAGAUAGUAAGGACUUUGAAGAGAUUCAAAUAGCAGAAGUAUAGAAAAAAUAUUGUAGUUUGAAGAAAUAAAUCGCUAGUGACAUACUCUAUGCCACUUUACCUUUAUUAUUCCAUGUUUCUCUGUAGGAUAUAAUAAAAACUCUGUACUUACUAUGAUA